AUGUCAUUUGCUGUAAGUAAAAGGGAAAAUAAGGAGGUCAAGAUAACUAGGUCACUUAUUCUAAAUAAAAGAGAAAAUGAUCAAGAGGACAGUUUUGAAGAUGCCUAUGAAAUCAUUCCUGCAGCAACAACAAUGAAUCUAGCAACUUCCUUGGAAGAAUGCACAACUGGAUUGUAUUUAUUUCUCAAUAACAGAUUCUCAGAUGCAAUAAACCUUAUUCAUCCAUGGUCUAAAAACAGCUCAUACCAUGCCCUAAUAUAUAGUAUCCUUAUGGUUGUCAAGGCAAUCCUGACUUUUGAGCCACAGGAUAUGGAGAUUGGAAUGGCCACCACAAAGGAAGCUUUGAAAACCUGUAACAUUUUCCGAAAACCUAGGAUGAUGACUUUGUCUCGUCUAGUGAGUAAACAAGGAAUAAAGGCUAUCAGAGAAGAGGAAUUGCAUGCAGAAAUCUGUUAUGCUGAGUGUUUGGUUUUGAAAUCCUCCAUGACAUUUAUACAGGACGACAGUAUACUUGGUUUUCUUAAAAGUGGGUUCAGCAUUGGGUCAAGUUACCAUAUAUACAAAGAUUGUCAACAAGUAUUAACACAGAUGCCUAACAACCAAAGUAAAGCCCACAAACACCUGGUUGGAGGAAUAAAAUUUGGACUUGGAACAUUCAAUUUGCUGUUAUCACUUGUGCCACCAAGGACACUUAAAGUACUCAAUAUCAUUGGAUUUACUGGUGAUAGAGAGGUAGGCUUGGCUUUGCUUCACGAGAGUGCCUCUGAAACCCAUAUAAAUAGUAUCUUAAGUGUUUUGACUCUACUCUUUUAUUACAAUUAUAUCUAUGUUGCUUUUGGUGUUGAAAACAUUUACAAUUCUGCUACAGACGGUCUCUUCCUGAUUUAUCUACAGAAAUUUCCAAACUGUGUCAUACUUAAAUUUUUUCAUGCACGUUCUAGUAUGUUGAAGGGAAAUUUUGAAAAUGCACAGUUAAAAUUAGAAGAGUGCAUUUUUAUUCAGAAUGAAUGGAAGCAGGUUCAUCACCUCUGUUACUGGGAACUCAUGUGGUGCCACAUUUUUAUGCAGGAUUGGAAGCAGGCUUACUACUACGCUGAUUUACUGUUUCAACACAGCAGGUGGUCCAAGGCAAUAUAUAUGUACAGUAAAGCCAUAAUACUGGCCUUGCUUCCUUCUCAUUUUGGGAAAGCAGUAAAUGAGGAUAUGAACUCUCUCUUCGUAAAAGUAGAUAGCCUGAGAAUCAAAUUUUUAGGCACUUCUGUGCCAAUAGAAAAGUUUGUUGCCGAGAAAGGUCAGCGCUAUGGUACUACUACAGGCUGGUUUACAGCACAGCCCCUUCUGGAAUUUGUUUAUGCCUGGAGUGGUUUCCGAGUUAUGAGCAAAAAAAUCGAGCUUAUUUCACGCUGGCUAUCAAUAAUUAACAAAGGAAAAGACCUUUUACAAGAGAAUCCAAAUAAAGAGUAUGGCACAGAUGACAUAAGUUUGUUAAAUUUACUGAAAGGUCUAUGCCUGAAACACUUAGGCAAAUAUUCAAAGGCUGAACAUUACUUUAAUCGUGUCAUUCAACAGGAGAAAUUGUUAAAAUAUGACCACUAUUUGGUGCCAUAUACUUACUAUGAACUGGGAAUUCUACACUAUCUAAAAGGAGAUUAUGAUAGUGCAACAAAAAGCCUCGACAACAUAAAAAACUACAAAGACUAUUCCAUGGAAGCCCGAUUACAGUUUAGGGCUCACAUUGCCCUUGAACAAAUAACUAAAGAAAAGUGA